AUGAUUAAUGAGAUAUUAGUAAAACAGAAAUCUGAAUCUGAUGCUGAGAUAGAAAAAUUAAGAAAGGAAGUUCAAUCUCAAAAAACACAGAAAACUCAGGCACCAGUUGAACUAGUUGAACCAGUUAGACAACCAAGAGGUCCUCCAUUAAAUUUAAAAAUGGAAAAAGAUUAUGAAAAAUAUUAUUUAGCUAAAUUCUUUAAUGAUUUAGGUAUAUAUAGUAAUGAAGAUUUAGAUUCAAAUUAUCCUGAAAAACCUUUUCAAAGAUCUCGUCCACAACAAAAAGAUAACUUUAUUCAAUUAGAAGAGAAAACAUCACAACCAGAGGCUGGCUCAUGUAAAUCUUUGAGUAAAGAACCUAAACUUUUUCCAGAAUCAGAUGACCAAUUAUUUCAAUUAUUAUCUCCAGCAUUACGAGAAAAAAUUAUCAAUCCAUUAACAAAAAAUAAAUGGGUUGAAUCUCUUGAAUAUAUGCAAUGUAAAAUAGAAGAUAUAGAUAUUUCAGAGGUAUUUUUAGAUACUGCAUCUGAAUGUGUUUUUAUGAAUAAAGUAUUAAAUAAUGCAUUAGGGUGGGAUCUUGGAAUUGCACCAAAUUUUAUUCUUACUCAUAAUUCAGAUCAUGUAACCAAAUUAAUAGAAGAACAUAAAGAUAUUGCAAUAUCUAUAAAAUAUAAGAAUGAGUGA